AUGGGUAACAUUCGCCAGGCCAAGAAGAACCGCUCGUCAGCGCCCAAGCAGACAAUGAAACGCAAGGGCGUGCUUAAGAGCGGAAAGAAGAAAAUCAACGUUCUGGGCAAUGCCAUUAUCGCGGAAAACUGGGAUCGCAAGGCAACUCUCACACAAAAUUAUCGCCGACUGGGUCUUCUGCACCGCCUGAACGCUCCAUCUGGAGGAUCCGAGAAGCGCAAAACCGACAAUGGGUUAGAGGAGGUUUCGAGCUCGCUGCACAUCAAGGGUAGUGUCGAUGCUAUGAAGGACUCCGCCGUCAGCGAGACGAAGGUUGAGCGUGACCCCGAAACCGGCAAGAUCAUUCGAGUUAUCCGGAAGGAAGACGACCAGGUCGAGAUCGCUGGGCGCAAAGUCCGUAGCUCGAACCCGCUCAACGACCCGCUGAAUGACCUGUCCGAUGAUGAUGCUGAAGUCCAGCCGCAAGGGAAGAAAGCUGCGAACAGCAUUGUCCAGCAACUCGAGAUUCAAGCCGACAAUGUAGCGCCCAAGAAGCCCCGGCAUCAGAGCUCGCGCGAGGGCGAAUGGAUUGAGAGAUUGGUUGCGCGACACGGCGACAACUAUGCGGCUAUGGCGAGGGACAUGAAGUUGAACCCCAUGCAGCAAACCGCGGGCGAUUUGCGACGAAGGAUCAACAAGUGGAAGGCGAGUCAAGCUUGA